AUGUACGCAUCCGAAGGUGAGCACUCGAUAAACUACAAUGCAUCUGCAGAUAUAUUCUCAUUGGGAUGUAUUUUGUUUGCAUUGGUGAGUGGCCUUUUCAAAAUUCAGUUCAGUGGCCAAGCAAGUCAAUAUAUUGGAAAAUAUGUCAAGGAGAAUGCUCGUCAAACACAUAUUGCUCAAAGAGUGUUAAACUUGCUUCUCCAACGUUCAGAAAACUUGAUUCUUAAAAUUCCCCAUUCCGUACGAGUGCUCAUUGUCAAAAUGUUGCAUUAUGACCCACAAUCAAGACCUACGUUGGACGAGGCUUUACACAUCAUUGAAGAAGCGCUCAAAGAGAUCAAUCCUUAA